CGCACGUACUUUAUCAUGAAAGGAUUGCUAUACAGGAUGUGACCUCAAAGAUAAGGAAGCGUUCAUAUAUCAUAUAUAUAGAGAAAUUGUAAGCAGAUCCCUCAUUGUUUUACAAUUUUUGCUUACACGUUGAUUUGGAAAGACAAAGUAAUUAAGGUAAAGAAAAACCCAUACACCGGCCACAGCGAGUAUGAUAGUGGUACUUGUUUGUCUGUUCGGUGCAACAUUUGCUGCCACCAACAGCGGGACACAUUGGGUAGUUAUACCGGACAAGUACACCCCGGGAAUACCACUUCCUUUGACCUUCACCUUCUACAACACAUCAAAUGUUGAUGUUGAAGUUCAAGUUGACUUGUUAAAUGACGAUCACCACCGAGUGUCCUCUCUUACACAUACAUUUAAAGAAGGUAAACCAGGAGUAUUACAGCUACAGGUUCCAAAUCUUCCCAGUAAUCCAGGAACCUACACAUUGCUUAUCAACGGAUUAAGCGGUUUGUUUUUCCAAGAGCAUGGAGUUGUUCAUUAUGACUCAGGCAGUAUGCCGGAGAAAUUUGCUGUACACAUACAGACGGAUAAAGGCAUAUAUAAACCAGGCCGAACGGUGCGCUUUCGUGCAUUCGGAAUCUCCUCUAACAUGAUGGUUUACACAGGAACAUUUAACAUAACAAUUGAAGAUCCGAAAGGUAACAAAAUGAAGCGGAUGGUGAAUGUAUCGGAACCCAACUACGGUGUUAUUGAAGAUUUUCUCAUCAUGGACACUGAACCUGUUCUCGGACAAUGGAAAAUCUCUGUGGAAAUCAGAAACAAGGCUUCCAAUUAUAAAUACUUCAGAGUGGAUAAAUACGUACUCCCAAAGUUUGAAAUCAAAGUAGAGUUACCACCAUUUGUCGUUACCACGGACAGCGAAAUGCACGGUACCGUCAAGGCAACAUAUACAUACGGAAAGCCGGUGAUUGGAAGUGUAAGAUUGUAUGCGGAUACAGACUACAGUAACACACCAUGGAAAUAUCAUGGCGAUGAAGUUAUGGUUGAAUCUGCAUUUGAUAUUAACGGUGAGGCAAAGUUCACUGUUCCAUUCAGUCGUAUAGCAGACGAACUUGAUCCUAACACGUAUGAACCGCUUGCAGAGAAACUGGCAGGUCACCACUUGCAAAUAAAAGCUUCUGUGACGGAAAGCAUUAAUAACAUAACAAGAAACGCUACCGCCCAGGUAUUAUUUUACAAGGAGCCAUACAAAGUGUCGUUUGAUACUUCGUCCAGUAUGCCGUUUUUUAAGCCGGGCUUAAUCUAUAAAGGACAGGUGUCAAUAACCCAGGCCAAUGGGAAUCCUGUGGUUUCUACAAAACCGGAAGUUAAGCUCAUUGCGAAUGUGAAAUUCUACGACCCAAAGGCGCAUAAGUACAGGGCCCAUUUCCUCAAGGAGCAAAUGUUUACCCCUCCAUCGACAGGAGCUCUUACGUUCAGUGGGGACCACCGGAAAAUGCAACUUCUUACAUAUGAGGUAUUGUAA